UCUCCGUUCAUCUGUGCGCGAAUACAAAUUAAAGAAAAGUUACACGAUAAUGUUUUUUAUUAAUGUAUAAUGUAUUUUUAACACUCUCUUCAUAGCAAUAUCAAUAUCAAUGGGUGCACUUAUUAUUUUAUAUUUUCUUCUUUUUCCAAGUGUUGUGCAUCAAGUUUCCCCAGAGAAACACUCACUCCACUGUCUAUUCAUCGGUCUUUCCACACCGGACACAUUCUCUGGAUCUGUGUUCAGUGGUUUGUGUGUGUAUGACGAUAUAAAGAUCAUUCACUACAGUAAUGAAGAACAAGACUGGAAGAUUAAAAGUCAGAAUGCAGAAAUCCGGGGUCAUUUAAAACUUUAUAAAGACUGGUUUCAGUUUUAUCCUAAAAAUCUUCUAUUGCAGGUUAAUAUUCUGUCAAACUGCACAAACUACAAGUGUUCUGAGCUUCAUGUACUUCAGAGAAGAGCUGGAUGUGAUGUGGAGAAACUUAAUGGAACAAUCAAGUAUCUGACUGUGUUUAAUGAGUAUCAGUAUGAUGGAGAAGAUUUUAUUGCCUUUAAUUUUAACACAACACAGUGGAUCAAUACAAAUCCCAAAGCCAAAGAAACAAAACUGAAGUGGGACAGUCAAACAACACGAAACCAUGUCAUCAAGGAUCAACUCAAGAUCUGCAUGAACUGGAUCUCCACAUUUAAUAAUACUCAAAGAACUCGUCCAGAUGUUGAGGUGUUUGCUGUUGAAUCUCCUCAAGACCAAAACAAGUUGAUUCUGACCUGUCUGGCCACUGGUUUCUACCCCAAACACCUGGAGAUGAAUAUGAUGUUGAACGGCAUUAAACUGGAUCAUGUAAACUCUUCUGGAAUCAGACCAAACGGUGAUGAAACCUUUCAGCUGAGAAUCAGUGUGGAGAUCCACAGAAAUGAGACAGAGGGUUUUGAGUGUCAUGUCAAUCACAUCAGUGUAAAAGAGCCAGUUAUAUCAGAAUGGGAUGGAAAAUGCAGAAACUGCAGUGAAGCAUCUAGAACAAAUAUUAUAACAAUCAUAGUUGCAGCGGUCGCAGUUACAGUCGCAGUUACAGUGUUCAUGAUCGUGAUUUGUGUUUGUAUCCACAAAAGAAAAAGGUCUAAUGAGAAGGAGUGGUCAAGGAGUUUAGAGUUCAAUCUGAAAUCACAGAAUCAAAACGAAGAAUUUUUGUGUGGAUGCAGCGGCUUCAGUGAAAUGUUAGAGGUUACUGGCGGUUUCUCUGGGAUGAUCAGGGCUACUGGCAGUUUCUCUGGGAUGAUCAGGGCUACUGGCGGUUUCUCUGGGAUGAUCAGGGCUACUGGCGGUUUCUCUGGGAUGAUCAGGUCUACCGGCACUUACUGCAGGAAGAUGGAAGAUCGUGUCCGACCUGUGUUGGAUGCUGGUUCAGUUGAUGAAAUCUCCAAACAUCAAAGUAUGGACAAUAUAACAAAUGUUCAUGAGACUCAAAGCCUUUAUGACAUCAGACUGAAUCCAGCAGAAGAUCUCACAGCAGCAAGAGGUAUUAUGGGUUCAAAUAACUCUCUUCCGAACUUUGGACACUGCAGAUCCAUUGAACUCCCGCCAAGACUCACUCUAGACAGAAACGACACCUCUGACUCCAGUUGAUCAUCCAACGAUUUAAAUACAGCGAUUAAGAAUUAUAGUUUAUUUCUGUGUGUUUACAUGAUCUUACACAGAUUGUUCUUCAUAAAUCAAUAAUGCAUAAGUUUAUAUAAACACUAUAAACUGUGUUAUUAUCAGGGAAAGUUCAUAAACGUGCAUAAAAUCAUUCUGACGGCGUAUUGAAUGUGUGCAUGUUUAUGUUUUAACAUUAAAAUGAGAGAAAACCCCAAUCUCAUGUAAACACAAUUUUACUGUCAGAUUUUUAGAAUGAACUGAUUUAUAUUUUCAUGUCUUCAUAAUCUGCCGGUCAAUAUUGUUACUUUAUGUGUCAAUGUGUAAAUACAUUUGUUUGUGUCAUAGGACAAACAAACAUUCGUUUUCAUGAGCAGUCCGUUUGAUUCUCAUGUACUUGCAAAACUAAAACACUUUCUACAUUUACUUUCAUACAAUGAUCAUUUAAGAUGUUUUGGGGAUAAGAAAUAUACCAUCCCAAAAAUGUAACCUAAACAUUUAUGUUCAUUUUCUAACAAUUAUUUUGCCUUUAAUAAUAAUAAAAAAGUACU